AGCAGGCAAGACGACAUGGACCAACAACUGAAGAAAAAGACAAAGGCACAUGGACGCAAAGGCCUCAGUAAAAGAGCAACCAGUGGGCCUAAGUCAAGCUCAGCCAAGUCAAGGUCCACCCAGCAGGAAGAAAUGGAACCUCUCAACACCACAUGGGACUUACCUGAUGAAGAUGUGUUCUAUGAGACUCGUUUUCAGGAUGGAGAUGAUUCUUUCUCUGAUUGUUACAUAGAAUGCAUCAUAAGAGGUGAUUUCUCUCAACCCCUCCUGGAAGAGGACUCACUUCUUACGUCCUUUGACUCCCUGAAAGAGGGGUCAGAACAAGAGCUAUCUCAACAGGUUCUUGCAGCAAGCUCCUUUCUUGAAUGUUCUUUGGAAUAUAAUAAAAAUGAGGCAAAAAAAGAACUCUCUCAACUGAUUAUUGGAGAGGAUCCAUUUCUUGAGUAUUCUGAAUGCAUCACAGACCAGAAGCUUCCUCCUGGAGGAAAACCCAGCAUUGGAUUACCAGAUCCUAGACAGCUUACAGAAUUUUCAAGAGAGAUGCCAAGUAAAAAUAAAGAAUGUGAUGUUCUGAAAAAUAUUGCUUGUCCUCAUGUUGGAUGUACAAGAGUGUUGGCAAAUAAAGGUUCCCUGAGAAAGCAUCUCCUUAUUCAUGGACCCCGAGAUUAUGUCUGUGCUGAAUGUGGAAAGGCAUUCACUGAGAGCUCAAAACUAAAAAGGCAUUUUCUGGUUCAUACUGGAGAGAAGCCAUUUCAGUGUACCUUUGAAGGGUGCGGAAAACGCUUUUCCUUGGAUUUCAACUUGCGCACACAUGUACGCAUCCACACUGGCGAGAAACUUUUCGUGUGUCCCUUUGAAGGUUGUAACAAGAAGUUUAUUCAGUCCAAUAACAUGAAAGCACACACCUUAACUCACGCAAAAAUCAAGAACCAGUGAAA